AAAAAAGCUUAUAAAUACUUUAAAUAAGUUAAAUUCAAGUAAAUAAAUAUAAUAUUGUAAAAGAAAAAAGACAAACAACUAUAAUAUUUUUAAAGUAUUAUUCACUCAACAAAUCAUACUUCUAGCUAACAAAACUAUCUCUCAAAUGCUUAGAAAUCUUUUGCGUGACAUUUAUUCCAACAAGAAGAAUAACAAAAACAAUUUGGAAGCUCUUCUCGUUCCUCUAGAUACUUAAAACACCCUUCAGAGUAGCUGCUCUAGCUUAAAUUUUGAUCUUCCUACUUUUGGAAUGGAUCUGAUUAUUAGCUAAUUCCUUUUUUCUAAUACUAAUGAAAAUAAUCAUUAAUGUUUCUUUUCUGCUCUAAACAUUAGUAAGUCUGUAUAAUUUAGCGAGUUCAGCAAAAACAACAUUGUUUCAAUAUUCCUUCAAAAUUCCUCUGCAAGCAAAUCAAAAAAUACAUAGUUUUACCCUUCAAUCCAAUAAUUAAGGGAAUCAAUAGAUUUAAAUUCGCCUCUCUCAAUGAUCUAGAAAUAGAUACUCUCUAAAAUUCAAAUCCUCAAAGAAAUGAGACAAAAUGAAAAUGUUAUCAAAUAAUGCAGAGAAUAAAAGCAAAUAGGUAGUUUCGGAUUAGCCAAUUUAUCUCAUAAGCCUGUCAUUUCAUCACUCUUUGAGCUUAUAAAAAAUAAACCUUCUAUCAUUCUCUAAUUUAAGAAGAACCCCCAAACACUAGAAAAGAAUUUCCACGCCGUACAUUUAAACAAGGAGAUAUUUAAUAUUAUUGAACAAAAUCCACUCGAAUUCCAGACUCAAGUGACUGUGACAUCUCUCCAGUCUUCUUAAAUUAACAUAAAGACCACAAACUACUUGAAAUUGAUUGAUUUCUUCCUUUAAUCUGAAAUUGAAUACUUGAAUAGUGGAUUAUCAAAUAAAAAAUAAUCUGAAAAAUUUGAUUUACACAUAUUAUCUUCACAAAACAAGGAAAUCGAGCUUGAAAUGCAAAUUUUCUAAUACGAUAGUGGCCAAGAGGAUAUUUAUUAUGUGUUUGAAGGUAUGAAGUUAAAAGAAAACUGCUUCUCCUCUCUAACUUCCUUGGGAUUACUUAGCAGAAAAAACAGUACAGAAAUACCUAAUAAUAUACACUCAUAUGAGCCAUAAUUAAGAAAGAAAAAAAUGAACAACGACCGUAAAGCAAUAUAAACAUAAUAAAACUCAUUCAAACUAUAAACUCCUAAUGAUGAGUACAAUCAAAAGACUUUCUUAAUUCUUGAAAAUGAACAUAUAAUGGAAAGUUCUACAAGAAACUCUAUUGAUAGCUCUUCUCUUAAACAACUCUUUUGAACAUAUCACUCAAACUGAAUUCUCCAAAUCUUCUCUCCCUACCUACCGUUUAAACUUCAAAUAAAAUAUGCACUUACUCACUACCACUUAAAUAUUACCAAAAACUAAAACUUAAUAACUAUUUCUCAUCUAAAAUAUAUAAAAUAAUAAAACAACUAAAAUCAAAAUAAAUUGCAGAUAAAAAAAGUGAUUUAAUCAAAUAUUUAAAUCUCAAUUAAGAAUAAAAAUAUCAAUAAUUUUUGAAACAAUUACUCUACCAAAUACCAAGCCUUUUGAUACUUUAACUUCUACUAUCAUUUUCUCCUUUAUAUUCUAUCCUUUUAAAAUCUCAUUAAUAACCCAUGCAACAAUAUUACUAUAUUAUUAUUUCUCAAAACACAUAAUAUUUUAUAUUAAAUGUCUUGUCAUCUUUUGAAUUGCUUCUAAAUUAUCAUUUA